GUCGCAGAAUGCUGAAAUGUUGAAUCCUGCGCAGCUCAAACGUCAGCAGGUUGAGCGGCGGCGGCAGCAACAAUUAUUGCUACAGCAACAGCAACAACAAGGACAGCUCGAUCAUGAGCAUCAUCAAGAUCAGCCGUCAUCAUCAGAACCAGACCGACCGUUCUUCCCGCCAUCACUGAACGAUCAGCCGCAGCCAGGUCCAUCGCGGAAGCGACCGUUCGCCCGAGUGAUCGCUGCUGAAGCCGCACUCCAUGCAGACAGCUCAGUCAAGCCACCACAUCCACAGGCAUCACCACUACAGAGCGAGGACGACGCUGCACCAGGCCCAUCGCCUUCUAAACGAGCGCGGCAGUCGCGCAAAAACCCGUUCGCAGCCGCCGCGCCAGCAGCGCUCGACCACCAGCGCGAGCCCUUGUUCGAGGGCGCCGCAGUGCAAGCUGCAGCAGCCGAAGGAGCGCUUCAGGCCGAGCAGCACCCAAAGCAGAGUCAUCCUGGCGACGAUCAAGAUUUCCUCACCCUUGAUGGCGAGGCAGCCCAGGCGGAGCAUGCUGCCGCUCGCGAGGUGGGAGAUUUUGGCGCCAAAUCCAGCUCAUCGGGCCAUGCUGGCCUGAGUCGCUCAAGAUCCAUGCCGUCGUCGUCGGCAGCCAACAGCCGACUACUUGCGUCGUUGUCAUCGACGAUGGCAUCGCCGGCGUCAAAGCAGCACCAUUCUGCCGCGGAUGGAAGCGCAUUCGUGCUCGCCCAAGCGCUUGCCGUUGCCGCUCCACAAACCGCCUCAGACACCACUGGUCGUUCGCAGCUUUCCACCAUGCGAAGCUCGGUUUUGCGUCAGUCCAUCGGGGCGACCAACCGUCGACCGCAACUGUCGUCUGCCACCUCGACCACCAGCAGCAACUUGCGAACCACAACAAGCUCUAGCAAUCUCGCCAGUGGCAAGCCUGGUCUUCCGUUCGACCUGACCAUCAAAAGCAUCGUGCGAUUCACAUCAAUGUAUCCGUUUACCUGGUGUUCGACGCUCAAGUCAGCCGAGCAGGCCGCGGGGACGGCGUCGUUUGUUCAGCAGAGUGUCACCCCCAUUUUGCGAUCAUUCGGAGACGGGGCUUCAUUGCCACCAAUGCUGCGCUCUGCGUCUGCCAUCCAAUCGCCUGCGUUGGGCGGGAGUGGCACUCCCUCGCGUCCUGCCACCCCGUCCACUGCUGCUGCUGCUGCUGGGCUCAAUCCUGGCGAGCUGCCACUGGGCGUGUUGGCACCGCUACCUUCGUCCGUGCAAAAGGCCCUAUUCCAGCGCGCCUUGCACUAUUGGCAACACCCUGCCAUGCCACGAACCAGCUCCUACCAACAAAACGUCAAUCACUUGACGGGUGUAGCGCUGAACCUGGCCCGCUCUGAAGCAAGUGCAGGCCUCCUCGUGGCGAAUGCUGCCACACCGAAAGGCGGCUCCACUUCCACUCCCUCGUCAGGCCCACGAGGCCAACCUGCAUCAACGCUAUUUGAACUACAACAACUAUCCAGCGCGCAAGUCCAGCACCUCGGUGCGGAUGUGCAAGCCGAUCUGGCAGUCGCCAAGCGCGAACUUCAACUAUGGAAUGAGGCGUUUUCGUCCAUUUACGCGCUCUUCCGUAAUAAUCUGGCAUCCUAUUUUUACGUCGUCACUGCAGACCAAACGGUAUUGUUUACCAGUGCGCAGGUUGGAGGUGUGACUGAGGCCACUGUGCGCAUGUCUCGAUCUUCUCGAGCUUUACGCCGUGCGCUGUCUGAUGCUGAAGUUGCCUUUCAAAUGCCUCUUCUUGCAGACAGCGACGUUGCUGAUCUCGAAGAAGCGGAGGCCAAACGGCAAGAAUGGCGCAGUCGAAGACCCGGUGCUGCCGGUUCUGCCAGUGCUCCCACAUCCGCCAACCCGCUGGAAGCCGAUCCAACAACCAUCAACGACGCGCUUGCAACCGGCAUGCAAGAGACAGAAAAAGAAGCAACGGCGUCGGUGAAUCCUCUGACAGAAGCUCGCAUGGAUGCCUACCGCGAGACACUGGCGAUGGAGAGGGAGGGCAGCGUUCGGACGUCCAUCGUGACACUCGAGUCGUCCAUUGAAAACACUCCGAAAUCCAUGCUACUCUUCCAGGGCCCCAAUGCCAGCGCUGUCGUUUUCGACUUUAUUCUAAACUCGCGACUCAUCAACAAGAUGGCUUCUGGCGGGCCGCCCCCGCUCCUGUACGCCCCUGUCGCGUUUACGCAUGCGUCUCUUCAGCGCACAGAGAUUCGACAGAACUCGGCCAUCAAGCGUGCCGCCGCUGCGUCAUCCUCUGUCGGCCUCGGGGACAAUGAGCCGAAUGGAGGCGCUGGUCCCGCUGGGCUCGAGCGAUGGUUUAAUCUCGUCCUCGAAGGACCCAUUUUCCCGCACACAGUCUAUCGAUUAAUGCAAGUCUUCAAGGCCACUCACGUUGGGAACUUUGAGGCUUCUCUUCAUGCCAAUCCCCUAACGAUUCCUCUCAAUGCCUCAGGUCGAGACCAGCCAUCAGCAAUCGCCACACAAGGGCGCCUCCGGCGUCAGAGCACAUCUUCACUUUCUCGCUCGUCACUGCACAGUCCGGCGCCCACUUCUGGUCGCUGGGACGAGGACUUUCUUGCAGAUACAGGAUCUCGGGGUGCGCUCGGAGUCGAUGAGCUAUCUGUGGGUGCGUGGGACGAAGAAACUGGAUUCUUUGGCGACACGCUUGCCUCUGCGGUCGUUCACGCUCGUUGGGACGCUGUUCAAUCGGAUGAAGAGCAGCACACAAGAAGCUCGUCGGGCUUGGAGGCAAUGGAAGCGGUCAACUCGAUUGUUUGUGAAGAUGGCGUUUUUCGUUUCACGACUGCUGCGCUCUGAUACCGUUCAAAGGCAGUACCUGGAUGGUGCAAAAUGGUACUCUUGUCGGGUGGAGUGGCAGCCACCUACAUAUGGCCCAAAAGGAGACUUUUUGAGCAGAGACGACCAAACCUUGAUGGCGAAAGGCUUUGAAAAGAAAGGAUGUAUUGUACAAUGGAAAAUACCAAACAAUAGUAAUGAAAAC